GUGAUUAUAAUAUGGGAGUGGGGAGAACAACUAAGUAGGUUGUUGAAUUGAAGAGAGAAAAGCAAAUCUGGGUAGUCCUCCUGUCUUAGUUCCUUCGUAACAAUCAGACAGAACGGAUUCCGAGGUCUCUGUGUGACGAUGGAGGCAUGCUAUCUCUCUCCUCCCUCUCUCCAAUCCUAUAUAAAGCCCCUCAAUGGUGUUCAUCAUCGCCCUCCAAUUCUAUGCUGCAAUGGCCAAGUUUAUUACCCUUUGCACUCUUGCAGCCUUUUUCCUCUCUCUCCUUCAUGCUCAUGCUGCUUCUCCAGGAGAUAGUCAUACUCUGUCCACGGCAGACACUGCAGAGACUUGGUGUGUCCCCAAUCCAUCGUUGACCUAUAAAAAUCUGCAAGAGAUAGAAACCUUUGCUUGCAAUUAUGUGGAUUGCUCUUCAAUUCACAGUGGGGGUCCAUGCUUCAACCCCUUGAACGCCUUUAUUCAUGCAGCCUUUGCCAUGAAUGCUUAUUAUCAGGAGCAACACCAGUGUUUUGGUAACUCUGGACUCAUAUCUAUUACUGAUCCAAGCUAUGGGAACUGUCAUUUUGCAGGUAGAGAAGAGAAGGUUUCCUCUUCAACAGCUCUGAAUACAUGGUGUGUGGCAAAGCCGGCUGCCACUGACAAUUUGCUACAAUUGAACAUUGACUUCGCUUGUAGUCAUGUCAACUGUAGUGUCAUUGAACCCGGUGGUGAAUGCCAAUUACAAGACACUAUGAUGAACCAUGCAUCUGUAGACAUGAAUCUCUUCUACCAAUCUUCUGGCAGAACAGAUUCGAGUUGUUAUUUCAACUCGACUGGCAUGAAUGUGAUUAAAGAUCCAAGUUCUGGAAGUUGUGUCUAUAACGUUGCUGUCCCUGCGAGUCUCAGAGCAAAGAAGGGGAAAUCUAAAGCUUCUGCAACAUUUAUUGGACUGAUGGUGCUGUGUUUGAUCAUUGGUUGUGUGCUGCUGGCAGGGGUUGUGUAUCUUAUCCUCAAGCUUCGUCAGACACCCACAACAGCAGCAGCGGUGGAAACUCCCAUGUACAGAUUGCAGGAGCCAACAGCUGCCACUCUUCCUUAGGGUUCAUAUCAUAUUAUGUUUGCAUAGUUUGAAAGGCUAAUUGUUUUGGAAGUUGGAAGCCUUAUGCACCAACUUCAGAGUCUGGAAGAUUGAUGGACUGCCUACACCUCAUGAGUCAUGAUAAUGGUCUUGGUUCUGUUUAGGAAUGUUUUCUCUGGUUUCAUUCGUUUCCACUUUGUUUGGUUUUUUAGUCGUGUGAUAUAUGAGGUGUAUCAUUGGAAAUAACAAUUGGAAGGUUUGGAAUAAUAUAGCAUUGCAUGCUGUUUGUAUUA